CCCAGCCCGGACAACAAUCAUGAAAAAGACCAUAUAACACCAGGUCUAGUACUCCUCUACCAAGAUAUUGUCACUUUGAUUAUGAACACUUACUCCAUAGGUCUUUGAUGAACAUAAAAACAAGGGAUUGAAUACCUCGUGUGGGUCAUGUCGAAUCGAACGCUAACCCAUAUUUGUAUUAACCACCGGCUUCCCAUUGGCUGCCCAUGCGGUUGGCGGAUGAGUCUGAUUCUAGGCGAUGAUCUUCAGUCUCGACAUCAGAGUAUGGUUCUGACACCAGAGACUGCAAGCGUUCACAAACCGGGAUGCCACAGCCCCAAUUUUGCAUGUUUCAUCCAUAAAGCCAGCAUGACGCUAGAAUCUUUGAUAUCGACAUGUCGCGCUCGUCCCCAGACCCGUUCGUCGCAUCGCCCUCCUCCCCGAGCCACCCCGUGAAGAACCAUUCCCGGUACACCUACCGCCAACUGCAGCUCCUUCGCCAGAACUCGACAGCUUCUCCGCUCCGAGUAGUUGCUCAUGUCGAUUUGGAUGCGUUCUACGCACAAUGUGAGAUGGUGCGUCUUCAGACGCCGCGGGAGAUACCCCUCGCUGUACGCCAGUGGGACGCGUUGAUCGCGAUCAACUACCCUGCUCGGGCGUUCGGGAUAACGAGGAUGAUUUCCGCGAAGGAAGCCCGGAAGCUUUGCCCGGAGAUUGUUCUACAGCAUGUUGCGACUUUCCGAGAAGGCGAAGGCGGGAAAUGGGCGUACAGGGAGGAUUCCUUCAACCGUAUUAACACGGAUAAAGUGUGCUUGGAUCCGUAUCGGGCGGAAUCGCGCAAGAUCCUGAAAACGAUGAAGGAGGAAUUGUCGAGAUGGUAUACGGACUUGGUCGAUGAGGAACGGGGGCUGGGUCCACACGCUCAAAUACAACAAGCUAGUGUUGAGAAAGCUAGCGUCGACGAAGUUUUCAUUGAUUUGUCCCCGCUGGUUUAUGGUGUUCUGCUUCAACGGUAUCCGGAACUACGGAAUGGGCCGGAUGGCGAUGAUCGUGUCGCAUCGUUACCUCGUCCCCCUACAACGGUACUGGAAUGGAACCAGGGCGAUUGUCUAGUGGACCUAGACGAGAACGAGACCGAGGUGGAUGAUCCUGAUUGGGAUGAUGUGGCGAUGCUUAUUGGGUCAGAGAUUGUCCGAGCGGUUCGAACAGCAGUCUGGGAUAAGCUGAGUUAUACGUGCUCCGCAGGCAUAGCGAAAAACAAGAUGAUGGCAAAGUUGGGGAGCUCUAGCAACAAACCCAACAAACAGACCAUUGUACGCAAUCGUGCUAUCCAGAACUUUCUUGGGGGCUUUAAGUUUACCAAGAUUCGAAUGCUUGGGGGUAAGUUGGGUGAUCAGGUCACGGCCCUGUUUGGGACGGAACAAGUUAGCGAUCUUUUACAGGUUACGCUGGAGCAGUUCCGGGCCAAACUGGAUGAUGAUACUGCUAGUUGGCUCUAUGGAAUCAUCCGCGGCGAGGAUAAGAGUGAAGUCAACCCCAGGACGCAAAUAAAGUCUAUGCUCUCUGCCAAGUCAUUCAGACCGAAUAUCAACUCUAUCGAGCAGGCGGAAAGGUGGUUGCGGAUCUUUGCCGCUGACAUCUACGGCCGUCUCAUGGAAGAUGGUGUACUUGAGCACCGACGCCGUCCAAAAACCCUCGCCUUGCACCAUAGGCAAGGUGCACAACUUCGCUCUCGCCAAUGCCCUAUUCCUGGGUCAACACCGAUCGACGAGACAUUACUGUUCGAUCUUGGGAGGACACUGCUUCGACAGGUCAUCGGUGACGGACGCGCCUGGCCUUGUGCAAACUUGUCAAUGAUUGUCGGUGGAUUUGAGGACGGAGUUAGCAACAAUAAAGCAAUAGAUUCGUUUAUACUCCGAGGAGACCAGGCCAAAAGUAUCGGCCACCUUGCGAAGGACCGCAUUACAGAUGACUUGCCGGAAAUCUUACAACCGAGCGAGAAACGGAGGAAAGUUGAAGACGAUGGUAUAAAACGCUUCUUUAACCACUCUCCUGGGGCCACCACGGAGCCUCAGCCAAGCGAGGCUUUAUUGGAGACACCAGCGACUAGCUUGGAAGGGACCAGAGAGAACAUACUUCUAUCUGAGACCUCGUGUACUCCCGAAAUAGCAGAAGUUGCACCGGGAUUCUAUACUUGUAGACGUUGCGAAAAACCGCUACCAGAAGCUGAAAGGGAUGAACACGAUGAUUGGCAUUUUGCCAAGGAGCUGGAAAGACAAGAAAGACAGGAUGCCAUGAGAUCCCAGCAAACAGCACGCCCGUCUAGUAAUACGGGAUCUUCCAGCGCCCGUGGCAGGCCAGGUCGUAACAGCCGGGGCAAGCCUGAGAAAGGGCAAACACGUCUCGCUUUUGGAUAGUAUUGCUGGGCUUGAAAUCCUCGCGAUAAUCAAAUAUUCAUGCCGGCCGGGACAAAGGAACGACUUUACUCAUUCGAGCAAACCCAAUAGAGGAGACGUUCCUUGAUUAUAUGCAUUCGGCGUAUCAGGAGAACCGAAGAGUCCUCCCCUUCUUUCCUCUCGCUCUUGCUGAUCUCAACGGACCUCAUCGUGCAAUAUUGCAUUGUAAGCUAUGUGAAAUGCAUUAAGAAAACCGCUGCGUCGUUCAUAAGCCCUUGACGUCGUAAAUUCCCGCAACCAAUCAAGGGAACAGCCAGCAGAUUCCGAUCGAUAAAGAAUAUUGGGCUAAAUUGUAAUCUCAACCAUGGUUCGAGUGUCAAUUUUAACUUAAGGGAGAAUUAAAGCCAAAGGACUUAAUAUAGUUACCGGAUUUAAGCUCUUUCGAACUUGACGAGCUAGUAGACGAUC